UGUUCUCAGUCGUUGUCGACAUUUCGACGAUGUCGGCUGUUCGCCGCCGCGCACCUUAGAGAUCGUACGAAUUUUUUUUUUCCCACAAGAACACCCGUAAAUUUCACUCGUCAUUCGACUCCGCUACUCUCCGUGAAAAAAAAACAACGAAUCGACGUGACUCGCUUCGAUGAUUUUUUUGGCGGCUCAGUCGGUCCGAGUCGAAGACCGCGAUCCGAUUUCGGGUUUUACGUGUACAUGUGUAAUAACGUGUAGACGCUAGUGCGCGAAUCUGCCAUUGCUUGCGAAGGGAGGAAAAAGUAGAAAUUCGUCGCCCUCGCCGUGCCGCAGAGGAACGAAGAUAAUCGUUCGAACCGGGUAUUCGAUUUUUUAGAAUUAAACCGAGCGACGCAGAGAAACGCUCGGUGUUUUAACCUAUUUAUAGCUACGUAUCGCCGAGGGUGUGGGAGCGUGUGUGGAAUCCGUGUUGAGGAAAAAAAUAAAAAGAAGAGAAGAGAAGAGAGAAGAGAAAAAAAAGAAAAAAAAAAAACAGGUCGGGAAAAAUUCCUUCAACACUGUAUCAACCGUCGCAGAUCCCACCGGGGUGUGUGGUGUGUGUUUCUUCGGGGGUAUCGGACGAACGAAAGAAAGUUGGUAGAACGUGAAUAACGAUAUACAGUGAUUGUGAAGUGUUUGUAUCUGUAACGUAGUGCCGAGACGUCCAGGACUCGGGGGUUGUCAAAAUAUAUAUAUCUAUAAGUUUAUCCUGCCGAUCGUCGUCGCUCACGAAUCGUUUGAACCACGGAAAUAGUCUCCGCGGUAAAGUAUGACGACGACCGGAGGCUACGCCGCGUAGUGACACUCGCUCUUCGUUUCAUUUCUGAUGGACGUGAGAAACUCGGUCUACGAUAUCUCUGCUGUACAUAUACGUCGCGAUAACGUAUAGAGCGACGUUGUACGAUGACUCCGGGUCGCGGCGUUAGCAGCGAUCGAUAAAAUUUUGAAAAAUCGACGACGAUGCUGACGGAUCGAUCGACUCGGCUUGUACGGGGGAUGUUCAAUCGACGUGUACGCAAUUGAUACACGUAUUAUGGAAUUGAUUUGUGUAAAGUGCGAUCAGUCGAGGUGACUACGAGCUUUACGGUGGCCUUGGGUAUCCGAUUUGUCGAAAAGUCGGCCGCUCUUCUUCGAGGAAUGAAACAGGCGCCUCGUUCGAAGGAUACGAGGUCACAGCCGAGUGGAUAAUAAUAAAAAAAAUGGCAGCUACCGCUAAGCACGAUUUGAGACAAAAUUUUCCCACCGAUUCCACGGGAGAGGAAGACAUCGCGGCUAUCGCCAAGCAGAUAAGCGAUCACGCCGAGGCUAUUUACCAGACGUGGAAGAGCCGGGGAUUGGCACCGACCGAGAUACUGAAUUGCCACAGUAACGCGACGGCCGCCGACAAAUUCGACUCGGUGAUGUUGACGCCGGGCGCGGCGCAGGUCAAUGUCGGGUCGAAAAAUUCUGUACCCGCAGGAGCCGGCGGGGGAGGAGGGCCGACGGCGGCCGAACUUCUGGCUCAGGCGCCCAACCUGGACAACAACAACCUGGAGAAAUUGGUGAACAAUUUCGUGGUGGAGGACAAGGCGAGGCUCGCGGCUGCCUCGAGGCAAAAAUCACCAUCGAAAAAUUUGCCGUCGUCCAUUCAGUUCGCUUUGCAAAAAUUCGAACGCAACACACCGCAGUCCUCGCCGGUGAAAACUUUGAACAAUAUUUCGACGGCGACGACCGCGGCGGCGGCGGCGUCGGCGGCGUCGGCGAAUUCCAAAGCGAAAAAUAUUCAAAUAAAUUCGACGUCCGGCGUCGGGACGGCGAACAACGCCGCGACUUACGCUAACAAACCCUCGGAAAUAGUGAGACCGCAGGCCUCGCCCAACGCGAAAUCCGGCCCGGCGCAUCACAGCGAAAUUUUCCUCGAAACAAUAGAAACGACGUUUCCCGCCGAUUUGACGCCCGCCAGGAUCGUCGUGCAACAGAAAAGACCGAGCAGCGUGGUCUCCUGCAGGGUGCAGGAUCAUCAGCGUCCGUCGGGUGGCACGAGCCCCGGGCAAGCCGCUUCCUCCGGACUGACGACCUGGCCUUUGAAGAAUAAAAUUGGCGCCGCGGAGGGUAAGAGGGGCGGCACGUCGUCGCUCGCUAAAAAUACCAAGGUCAUGCAGGAGAACGGAAAGGUCGCCGCUGCAACGCACCCCGCGAGGAAUCCGGGGGAAAAGUCCGCGGUGUCGGCGGAGGUCCCGCGGGUUUCGGGUAGUCCGGGCGACGCCGAUAACGCCAAGUCAUUUCUGAUCGCCGACGAGGUCGCCAGGGAGGAAGAGAGGCUGAUAAACGCACUGAUGACCGGUGUGAUAAUACCGGAGGAGACGUCGGAACGUAACGCGGCCCCCAAUCACGUUCACCCGUCGAAACAGAAGCCGGCGAUAAAAAGAGAGAAGCCAAAAGUUGAACCGGUGAAACCGAUUAUACUGGGACACGGAACGAACAUGUGCGGUAUCGGAUCGCCGCAGAAUAUUCAGAUCUUGAACACCGGGGGUGCAGGCGAGGGAGCCGUAAAGUUGCCGAGCAAGGAGGAUCUCUCCACCAUGUCGAUGGUGGACUACGCGAAGGUAAGGUACAGGGCGGCCCAGCAGAACACUACUUCGGCAAAAAAGCGAAACGAAGAUCAACCGCAAACGGGCGGUUCGAUAGCCGACUGCGAUCGACAUCCGAUUCAUCAACCGCAUCACCACCACCACCACCACCACCAUCGUCACCACCACUUGCAAAAUCGUCGUACACGAAACGGCUACGAGAACGAGAACGACGGCGACGACGACGACGACGACGACGACGACGACGACAACGUGGAAGACGAAGUGGACAAGAACUGCACCGAGCGCCUCGUCUCCGCGGCUAGGACGAAGUUCGAGCCCGCGGUCGUCCACGAGCAGAAUAGGAACAAGGAACUCGUCGGAGUUUCGAACGCGGCUAGGAAGAACUGCGCCAAGGAGAAGUCCGAGUCUAAGGAGGCCGAGUGCAAGGACGUUCAGGGGACCUCGAGAUGGGGACCCAGGGUGAACUCGCCGUCGAGGCCUCGUCUGGAACAACUCGUGCCGCAUCCCGAACUCACCACGCAGCAGAGGCAACACAUCAGGGCCGCCGCCACCGGUACGGGAAACAAUCCGGUGCGCCCUUUUCUCACGAGAGGAUCAGUGGCCGAGAGGGUUUUGAUAUUCGAGAAAUGCCCGAGCGAAUUGCUGCUGGACAAGAGGGGGCCCAGGCAGCCCGCGAUUAAUACCUGGAGGUCGGGACACGAGGUUCAAAGCAAGGCGCAGAGUUACAUCGGGGAGAAAUUGCAGAAUCAGAAAAACUUGCCGCCUCACACCACGCUCCAGAGGCACGUGAAAGCCAACAGGAACGUCCUCAUACCGAGGUUCUAUUUCCCAGGCGGAAAACCGGUGCCCACCUCUCAGCUGGACGCAACCCUUUCCCGGAUAUCGGCCGCCUUCCAAAGCCUACCCGGUCAUCGCGCGACUAAAACGCAGUUCCACACUGUCACCAAGGCCUGCGACUGUCCCUUGUACUGGAAAGUGCCCCUCUUCCUCGCGGCCGGAGGCGACAAAAAUGGCUACGUCGAUCAGAGCAUGUUCCUCGAAUUCUGGAAAGAGUGGUCGAGUCUGCAUCACGACGCGGCCAGCAGAUUUUUGAGGAUGACCACCCGCGGUCUCAGAGACUCCAUUAUCCCGGAGGACCUCAUCCCCCUGGUACAGGACGUCGUCGAGACCCAUCCCGGACUGACUUUUCUGAAAGAAGCUACCGAAUUCCAUUCUAGAUACGUUCACACGGUGGUGGCCAGGAUUUUUUAUUCCGUCAAUCGGAGCUGGAGCGGAAAGAUAUCCGUAUCCGAAUUGAGACGCAGUAAUUUACUUGACGUCAUAUCCGUCCUGGAACACGAAGAGGACAUCAAUCAGGUGACGGCUUACUUCAGCUACGAGCACUUCUACGUGAUAUAUUGCAAAUUCUGGGAACUGGAUCGCGACCAUGACCUAUACAUCGACAAACUGGACCUCACGAGGCACAACGACAACGCGUUGUCCACCCGUAUGAUCGAGCGAAUAUUCAGCGGCGCCGUAACCAGAGGAGGUGUUCGCACCGCGGUGAUCCAACGCCAGCGACAGCAGGAGCAGCUCCAAAACCAACAGAAUUAUUAUCAGAACAACUACAACCGUGGCGAAGAACAUCGCGACAACAAUCAUCAGCAUCAGCAUCAUCAUCAUCAUCAGCAGCAACAGCAGCAGCAGCAGCAACAGCAGCCGGGGGACAACAAAAUGAGUUACACGGAAUUCGUUUGGUUUUUGCUCAGCGAAGAGGACAAGAAUCAUCCGACAGCUAUAGAGUACUGGUUCAGAUGUAUGGAUCUAGACGGGGACGGAUAUUUGUCCAUGUACGAAUUGGAAUACUUCUACGAAGAGCAACUCCAUCGAAUGGAAGCCAUAGGCAUCGAGACACUACCCUUCGAAGACUGUCUUUGCCAGAUGCUGGACAUGAUCCACCCCGCGAUCCCGGGUAAGAUAUCCCUGAGUGAUCUGAAAAAGUGCAAGAUGACGUCGAUAUUCUUCGACACCUUUUUCAACCUGGAGAAAUACCUGGACCACGAACAGAGGGAUCCCUUCGCUUCUACUCGCGAUCACGACGCCGACGGACACGAGCUCUCGGAUUGGGAUCGUUUCGCCGCCGAAGAGUACGAACUUCUGGUGGCUGAGGAAAGUGGAAACGACCAGAGCGAACAGAUGUUGUACGAAUCGUCGACGGAGGAGGUCCCCUCCCCGAAUUUGGACGUAGCAGCCGCAGGCUCGGACGUCGAUACAGAUUCCAUGGUACGUAACGACGCCAAUUCGCAUCGCGGAUUCAACGACGAAAUUCAACCGAAAGAAAUCAUUCACAAGGAAUUCAGAACAACUCAAUACGACAGCGACGAUAGCGACGAUUACGCGGAUAGCGACAACUGAAUCGCACGAGUUUCUUGACUAGGUUCGAAACCACGUACCUUAUUCGACUUAAUUUUUUUUGUUUUUUUUUUUUUGUUUUUUGUUUCGAGAAGUUGACCGUUAAAUUUCAACGAUCGUAUUUACAUUCGUCUCGAAGAGGUGAAAUUCUGCGAUAACCAAAAAAUUACGAAUGAUGAUCCACAAUUGACGUGUAAUUUUUAACAGGCGUAGUAUUGAGUUUAAUUACGCCAGAGUCUGAUCCAUGACCCGUUAUAAUAUGUAUUGUAGAUAUUAGAUAUUAUGUCGGUUUCUCGAUAAUCGCGGAUGACCAAAUACAUACCUAGAAUAAUUGAAGAGAAAUAAUGAGUAAAAUUUUUAAAUCAGAUUACGAACGUGAGAAUGAUAUUAUUAUAAUUAUAAUUAUUAUUAUUUAAAUAUAUAUAUAUAUAUAUAUAUAUAAUAUAUAAACAUUCUGCUUGAUAAUUUUUACGUCAACGCUGAAUCUCUGGAUAAUAUGAAGUAUUAUUGCUAUUGGUAGAAUAUGUAUAAUCAUAUUUGAAAACAAAAAGAAAAGAAAAAAAAAAAACAAACAAAUCGAUUUUUCGCUGUUGGAUAAUAUUAUUUUAGCUAGUACUGCCAAGAGACUGCUGCAUAACUUGUAUAUACAUAUACCUAUAUGAAUUGUCUUUAGGGUGAUUUUACAACGUCACACACAAUAUUCUAGUCCAAUGUGUGAGCUAUAAUAAUAAUAAUAAAAGAAAAGGAAAAGAAAACGUUAUUAAAAAGAAGAACCUUAGAUCGAAUACCAAUGGGAAUCUUUGAUGCUCUUUUCGGAUGAUUUGAAGAAUAUUCGAAGAUAUUUGAUGACAAAAGUGUUGAAUAUUAAUGGCCAGUUCGUGUUUAAAUCGGGUUACUUUACACCCGCGAUUAGAAUUAUCAUCAUUAUUAUUAUUAUCAUCAUUAUUAUUAUUAUUACGAGGAGAGCAUUUAUAUAUUAUGCAUAUUAUAUGAAUACACAUACGUACAUAUAUUUAAAAUCCAAAGAUGUAAUUUGUUAGCUACUGUAAUCGGUUUGUUUAUCGAUAUGUAUAUCUGUAGGUUAUGAUAUUAUUAUUAUUAUUAUCAUUAUUGUUAUUGUUAUUAUUAUUGUUAAGUCUAUUAUUAUUUUUCUCUAGUAAAAUUAUUGAAUAUAUUCAGCUAAACCGAUCGUGGCAUCACACCAACACGAAUAUGGAAAAAAAAGUAAAAGAAAAGAAACGUAUUAUUCUCAAUUAUUAACUUGUUUAUACAUUAAUAUUUUCGAUUGUUACGGUUAUUGAUUAUAUUAUGAGAUAUGUUAUGAUUAAAGUUUUAUUGCUGUUCGAAUAGUAAUUAAUUGAAUACCAUUUUUCAACACUAUAACUCGUAUUACGAUAGGCUAUGAUAAUAUCUCAUCCGGUGUUAGAGCUACAAUAACUGACUAGGAUUGUCUUAUUGUUCACUAUAUUUAUAAAUUCGAAUCUGGAACAAUGAGAUAUUUAUAACAAUUGAAAAAGGAAAUAAUAUCUACUAAGCAUUUAUACACUGAAAGAUUCUGUUCAGGUACAUGAAGUUCUAAAAAAAAAAAACAAAAAAAAAAAAGAAAACAAAUUAUAUAU